AAAAUUUUAUGAGUUUUAUACUUUUAUGGCUACUUUAAUCUACUUAAGACAGUGUGUCAGUAUAAAUAUAUUUAUCUUUGAGACUCGCUCUUAUUCAGUUUAGUUUAUUGCCAUAUGAGAAAGAACCAAUAUUUCAUCUAGUUAUUGCAGGCAUAUGAUAUAGGUCGAGUAGAAAACAUUAGUAAAAGUGGAUGAAGAUAUCUGUUUUCUUAAUGCGCAUCUGCUAGUUUUAUUCUUAACUUAUUUUAUAACAAUCGGAUAUACAAUUUGGCUUUUUGAUUUCUGAUUGGAAUUGCUAAAUGGAGAUGAACAUACACUUAUUUAUUCUGGUCGCUCUCAGUGACAUUUGUCUGAAAUGUGCCGAGGCUGAUUGCAACAAUGUCUUUCCUGUUACACCAACAUUUAUGGACUGUCGGUACAGAUGCCACUGUAAGAAUGAUGAGCAAUGUGAUCAACAGACUGGUAGCUGUUCAAGUGGAUGUGAAUUUGGAUGGAUGGGACCCGGAUGUCAAUACCGUAACGUUGCAAAACACCAAAAAACAGUCAAGGUGAUUGGAAACGCAGGUAUACAAGCUGAAUAUGCAGUGAGUGCGGUCGAUGGUGACAUUCAAACAUGUUGCAAGUCAGAACCUAGUCAUACUGCAGGUUUACAGUGGUGGAGAAUCGAAUGGGACAGAGAAUUCCUUGUGAAAGGUCUCGUUCUAAAACUUCCAUCAGACAAUCUUGACGCGUUUAGGAAUUUUCUGGUCGAGACAGGAACUGGACCUACGAACUCAGACUAUGGAACACUAUGUUAUCAGCAUGCGGAUUCUCCGGGUUCUGUUGAAAUGGAGAUAAUGUGCCAGCAGUCCGUGAGAACAAGACAUCUCAGAGUGAUAUUAGCUAUUCCUGAUGUACCUAUAAGAUUGUGUGAGGUUGAGGUUUAUGGAGGAAGACAGACAUCAUUCAAUAUGGAAACUGAUCAGUCCUCAACCUACCAGCAAUUUCAUUCUUUCCGAAGUGUAGAUGGACAUGAUCUUUCGCAGUAUUCUGGAAGUAACCUUGAAUCAGCUACAAGCAGAACGUGCUCGGCUACUAAUGGCGGUGAAAUGAAUCCCUGGUGGUAUGUAAAUCUAGGGGAAGUCUUCGACAUUGAAGAUAUCUACUUUUUUGGAAGACAAGAUAAAGAGGAACAAUUUCGAAAUUACACUUUAUCAGUUGGAAAUUCAUCAGAUAUAACCAAAGAUGUAUAUCAAGAUGAUGGAGUUGGAACUGCAGCUAGUACUUAUCAGCCUAAAGAAACACAGUUUCAGAAUAUUGAAAGAGGUCAAUUUUUGAAAGUUGAAAGAAGAUUGAACAGAUAUGCUUUAAUAACUAUAUGCGAAGUUCUCGCGUUUGCGGAUUGUCCUGCAAAUGAAUGUGGAUGGCAUUGUUCCUUACCGUGCUAUUGUCAAGGUGAAGUAACUGGAAAUAUGAAAAUCGAGGGUUUGUGUCCUUACGGUUGUCUUUAUGGAUGGACUGGAAAUGAUGGAAAAUGUGAUACAGGAUGUUGGGGAGAUGAAUGCGAGCAUGAAUGUGGUAAUUGUUUAGAGCAACCAUGUAACAUAGGCAACGGAGAAUGUUCUAGUGGAUGUAACGGACCAUGGUAUCCACCUCUUUGUACUCUAGGAUGUUGGGGAGAUGAAUGCGAGCAUGAAUGUGGUAAUUGUUUAGAGCAACCAUGUAACAUAGGCAACGGAGAAUGUUCUAGUGGAUGUAACGGACCAUGGUAUCCACCUCUUUGUACUCUAGGUUGUGACAAUUACACAUAUGGUAUAAACUGUUCCAACCAUUGUGGAAACUGUAGAAAUGGCGUCCGAUGUGAUAUUAUUACUGGCAUUUGCCCGGACGGAUGUGAUGAUGGCUGGUAUCUCGAUAAUUGCACAUUCGUUUGUGAAAUCGGGACGUACGGCUAUAACUGUUCUGAAAAAUGUGGAAAUUGUAAUCUCUCGCUGACCUGCAACCACGUCAAUGGUCAUUGCGAAAAUGGAUGCGAAGCCGGCUAUAGAGGGAAUCUGUGUAAAAAAGAGUGCGAAAAUGGAACAUACGGGUUAAAUUGUUCAGGAAAAUGUGGGGUUUGCUUUGGAGAGGUAACAUGUAAUCACGUCACUGGACAUUGUCCUGAUGGCUGUGCAGCGGGCUUUAUUGGGAAUCUUUGUACAGAUGUCUGUACAAACGGAACGUAUGGUACCAACUGUACAAGCGAAUGCGGUUUUUGCCUAAACAACUCAUCCUGUAACAACGUCAAUGGUUGGUGUGAAAAUGGUUGCCAAGAUGGCUGGAAAGGGAAUCUUUGUGUUGAUGUAUGUCAAAAUGGAACAUAUGGGUUUAAUUGCUCGAAUGAUUGUGGAAAUUGUCUCGGGUCAGUUGUAUGCAAUCAUGUUACUGGAUAUUGUGAACAGGGAUGUGAGUCGGGAUAUACCGGACAUUUUUGUAUAGAAGGAUGCGAAAUCGGCACUUACGGACUCAACUGUUCAGGCCAAUGUGGAAACUGCCUUAGACAAGGUACAUGCGAUCGCGUUACUGGACAUUGUAAUGAAGGUUGUAGGCCAGGUUACCAUGGAAUUAUGUGUACAGACGAAUGCAGUAGCGGAUCGUACGGUCUGAAUUGCUCUAACGAGUGUGGCAAUUGUCUAAACAAUGCAACUUGUGACCAUGUAAAUGGAAUAUGCGAGAACGGUUGUCAAGAAGGAUGGAAGGGUGAAAUCUGUGUUGAAGGUUGUGACACCGGCACAUAUGGACUAGGUUGCUCACAGAUUUGUGGAAACUGCAAAACUUCAACCUGUACACACACAACGGGAACAUGUCCAUUAGGAUGUUUGGAUGGUUUUGAGGGCGACCUUUGUAUUUCUGAAGUGUUAGAGCCCCCAGUAGGAACUAUCGUUGGCUCAGUCGCUGGAGUGAUAAUUGCCUUAGCGGUAGGAGUAGCUGCACUUUUGAUAUUUAAACGGCGGCGAAGGAGGCAAUCAAAGAAGAAAGACAGCAGUGAAAACAAUACUUGUUCAGAUCCCCAAGUGUUAUGGGCUAGAGAAUGCUCACAAAAAGAGACUCCACAACAAGUGACGUUAUCUAACACCACUGCCGAGACAAAGGGAUCAAAAAGACAUUUAGAGCCAAUAUAUUGUAACAAUCAAAAGGAGGACAGUGCUAUUCCAAUAUCACAACUACGAAGUAUUUGCAUUACUUCCAAAAGGGAUCCUACAACUUGCUAUUCAGAAUUUAAGACCUUGCCGUAUGGCUUGCAACACGAUGCCUCAGAAGCAAAGGACAUACGACACAGAUCGAAAAAUAGAUACAAGGACAUGUAUCCAUACAAUGCUAACAGAGUUCUUUUGCCGGAAAUCCCAGGUACAGAGGGAUCAACCUACAUCAAUGCAAGCCGUAUAGAUGGAUACCAAUCUCCUGGGAAAUAUAUUGCCGCACAGGGCGCCCUAGGAACUACAGUUCAUGAUAUAUGGAGGAUGGUAUGGUCAGAGGGGAUUACUGUCAUAGUUAUGCUUACCAGAUGCUACGAAUUAGGCCGGAUGAAAUGCUUCCAGUACUGGUCAGAUGAAGGGCAAUUUGAGCAUGGUGACAUUAGAAUCAACAUCACAUCAGUCGAAAAAUAUUCUGAUUUUGAAAUCAGGACAUUUGUCUGUUCCAAGCAGACAGAUUCCCUGGAACGACGGACGGUGUUGCAAUACCACUACACAGCUUGGCCAGACAAAGACGUUCCAGAUACAGCUUUGUCGCUUGCACAGUUCUGGCACACGGUAAGGAAGAAUGACAUUGCAAAGAAUACACCUUGGCUAAUUCACUGCAGUGCGGGUGUAGGGCGAACUGGGACAUUCAUUGCCCUAGACUACCUUUAUGAUCAAGGAAUGUCUGAAGGAAAAGUUGAUGUUAAAGGGGUUGUUUACAGCCUGCGAGAACAGCGUCUGAAUAUGGUGCAAAUGAAGGAGCAGUAUCUGUACCUACAUGAAGUUACAGCAGAGGCUCUUGAUCCGAUUGGAUCUGUCUGUGAGACUGACCAGUUCAGUGCAAUUUAUCAGAAGCAAAUGAAUAACAGAGAAACAGUUGAGGAGACUUUAUUUGACGAGUACAAGAAAUUGUGCGAGACCACGGAGACGGAUAAUGAAUCUGAAGCGGAAAUUGUGUACAGCAACAUCACGGACAGAGAUAUGAAAGACGCUCAACGGACAGAAAAUGUUCAUAAAUCAAGAAAUCUUGAUAUAAUUCCAGCGGAUAAUCAUCGACCAAGACUGAGUAUGACUGUUGACGGUAGAAAUGAUUUCAUAAAUGCCGUUUUUGUGCCAACUUUUAGACAGCGAGAUCGUAUGAUCUUAACACAGUUGCCAGCUGAGGAUACAGUUGUUGAUUUCAUAAGAAUGAUGUGGGAAUUUGAUGUCAAAACAGUUGUGUUGCUAGAAAAUGACGCAUCUGAGGACGUGAAAUACUGGACAACGCAAAAGAACAUAAAGUCAGUUGGACCAUUCAAAAUGGAACUUAUAAAUGAAGCGAGAGAAGAUGUCUACGUUUUGAGAACAAUUCGUUAUGCAUAUGAAGGAAAGACUGAGGAAAAGGUUGUUAAGCAGUUCCACUUUACAGCAUGGCCAAAAGAUAGUGCUACACCUAUCAACACAGAGUCCAUCUUACACAUGAUUACCGACAUCGAAAACGUAAUCGAGGACGCAUCCUCUCCCUUGGUCGUACAAUGCCAUGACGGUGCUAAGAAGAGCGGGCUCCUGUGUGUACUGUGCUGUGUGUUGGAGAGGAUGAAAACAGACAGGGAGGUUGCCAUUGCAGAAACUGUAAGGCUGGUCAGACUGAGGCGGAAGCAAGCCAUCGACAACUUUGACCAGUAUCUAUUCUGCUAUAACACCAUUCAGCACUACCUUGAGAGUCACAGUGUUUAUGCAAAUGUAUUGUAAGGAUCGGACAUUAUGACCCUGUUAAUUGGCUCUGUUACAUGGUAUUUUGGAGUGACCUAAGACAUAGACUUAAUAUGAAAUAUAUCACAUUUCACAUUAGUUCAAGCUGACAUGGCUUUAUAUAUUACCGAGUCUAGAAUUAGUAUAAUUUAUUUCGUUUGAAGUUGAAAAAUAAAAUGAUCAUGUGAGUUUUAUUCAGAAGAGAAAUAAGAACAGUGUUGUCAUAAAAUUCAUAUACAUGAACAAUAAUGGCGUUCUGGUACUUCGUACAUUAUAUAACUUUUAUAAAGAUAUACACUGUAAGUGUAGAUCUCUGUAGUUGAUAAGGAAAUCUAUUAAAUGUAAAUUUAUGACAGAAUUCUACUGGAGCUGAUGCUGCAGAAUAAAAGUUCAAUGUUUGUAAAGCAUAUUACUGUGACGUGGGGCGUUAAGGAAAUAUAACUGUUACCAUUCGUUACCGUUAAAAACUUGAUAAAACUUUAUUAUUUCAUGUGAAGAGAUUUUAUCAUCUUAAGUGAAAUAAAUUGUAAACAUUAAUUUUUAUCAUAUGUGAAUGAUUCGACCAAUCAGCGCCAUGUAAGUGUCAUUUUUAUUCUAUUCAUGUUCCUUAUGUCUUUCCUAGAAUAUAACGUUACAAAAUACGUAACCCCAUUCCCCCACCAAAAAAUAGUACGAUAUUAAACAGGUGUCAUUUUGUGUCAUCUAUUCAUGAUGUAUGCAAAACAAACAAAAUGAUUAUAUAAUUUCAUAAAAAGCCUUUACUUAAAUACUUAUUUACUUAACCUUCUUGCGUGUAAGAGUAAGAUGUUUCAUCGAAAUUUAAACCAAAAAAAAGUAUUUGAUGUAGCUGUCCUUGUAAAAACACCCGCGAUAUUUAUUUAUAAGUAGACUUUUUUGAAAAGAUAACUUCUAUUAAUGUUUUAGAUUGUUGAUAUUCCUGCAUGUCAGGAAGGUGUUUUUUGUCAAGAAAUUUUGCCGGUGCUAGAAAAACUCACCGGGUUGUAAAAUGGCUCACGUGUUGCAAUUUAUGAAUGUACGCAUAAAUUCAUAAGUAAGUUUGCAAGAUAGUUCUCAAAAGAAAAGCGUUUUUUUUUCAUUUCUUUUUAUCAAAUACAGAAUACUGUAUACAAAACAGUAUCGGUCUUUAUUUGAAGAUGCAGAUGGAAAUAUCUGGCUCUCGGGUAAUUGUUUUGUAAUAACUCGGUAGAGCCUCGUUCCGACCUUAACAACCACCCUCGCGACAGAUACAUGUAUUUCCAUCCGUACUUUCAACCAGCGAUAGAGCCAUACAAAUUAUUCAGAAAGAUGUUGUAUGUAUGAAGGUAGUUUAGUUUGUGUGUGUGCUAGUGGGCGUUACACAUUUUAUUACCGCUUGUGAACAGACUCGAUGAAAAGGAGUCUGCAAUUAUUGUAUGCUUAUAAAAGAUCUUUCACAAAUUUGAUUUAUAUUGUUAAUAAUUUGUGGAUUAUGUACUCCUUAAAAAUUUUUAUAAAUCAAUCACCUUUCAGUAUAUUUAAAUAUAAAUUAAACUCAAAUACUGUUUUUGAGGUUGUGACAUAGUAAGUGUCCUUUUGAACUGUUUCAAAUGGUUUGAUUGUUUUUUUCAGAUCUGUCUUUGUUUGCAUAUUUAAAAAUGCAUAUAUUCUGAUAAAGAAUAUUCCAGUUUUUUUAACAGAUAUGCAACAUCAUGCCUGUGUUCCAGUAUGCCAAAGUAUAUCUCAUUAAGUUAUGAUUUUUUCCUGUGUAUUCGGAAUAUUUUUGUUAUAUUGUUAUACACUAAUAUCUCAAUCAUUUAGCAUAAAAACUUUUUAUCAUACAUCCAAUGAGCUUUAGCAUUUUAGAAUGUUGCAGUUAUUUUCAAAACAUACGAGGGUUAAUGAUGAUUGAGUGGGAACUGUGGCCACUUAAUUGUUUUAUUGUGCUUUUUUUCAUUUUAUUCCAGUAUUUGCUAAAUUUCUUUUGAUGGACUUUCAAGGAAACAUUCUACAUUAACUUAAAGUUUAUUCUAUCUCGAGCUACAAACAUCUGUUUGACAGAAAAGAAUAAAAAAUAAAACAAACAUAUACUCUUUUGAGGAUGUAGUUCAUUUUGUUUCGUCAUGCAUUCACUUAAGUGCUUCGUAAUAUUUUAUUAACAGACAAUGCUGUCAUUUUCUUGGAUUGCGUGCCAUGCUUCUGCUUAAUUGUUUUUGUGUAACAUUUCAAGAUUCAAUAAAUAAAUUUGUGCAACAACAUGAA